GAUGGGCCUGGACAGCUGGCAGCAAGAGCAGCCGGUGGUGCUGCGCACAUGGGCUGCCGAAUCCCCCCAUAACUAUGACAACAACUGCCACGACGUCACCGUCUUCCUUUGUCCAGGGGCAACUUACUUUGAGGUGGAAUUUGAUGAAAGAUGCGAAACGGAGAGGAGAUACGAUUACCUGGAAUUUACUGAUUCCAAAGGAGGGAAAACUCGCUAUGAUACCAAAGUUGGCACAGACAAAUGGCCUAAGAAAGUGACGUUUAAGGCUGGCCCUUGGCUGCAGUUUCUCUUUCACUCCGACAGCAGCAACAACGAGUGGGGCUACAAGUUCUCUGUCACCGCGUACGGUUUGCCGGACGUUGACGUUUCGUGGAGCUUGGAUUUGCACCUGCUGGUGGCCAGGCUGAUGGGGCGCUUGGCUUCUCAGAGUAUGAUGUUGAAAUCCCCCCGGGAGGCAGGAACCGAAGUGGAGUUGCCUCCUGCGAAAGUGACGGCCGUUCUGAAUUCUCCUCUAUGGAAGCCGGUCUUCAGGCAUCAGAUGCGUUCUGAGCAGAACUUGAGAGAGUGUGAGCUAAAGAAAGCACAGAUGGAGGAUAAAGAGGCUGUCAGCUCCGAUGCCAGCGACUGUCAUAAAUUUCUCCAUGACUUCUCAAAGUCAGACCCGGCCGAGGAGUUCAGUGGGCCAAAUUCUGAGCUUUUCAAAGGACUCACACAGGCAUGUAAAAAACAGGCCCCAAAGACUGAUAUUGUUGCUGGUUCCACUGUUGAUCAAGCUGUCCAGUCUACAUUUGCUGCUUUGGUGUAUCUCUCUCCAGAUUUGUUUGAGAAGCUGCAAAAAUAUGUCAACAGCGGAGGGAAAACGCCUCUGAGCGAAGAGUUUGCACAAGUGUAUUCUUUGGCUGAUGGGAUUCGAAUAUGGAUGCUAGAGAUGAAGCAGAAGUUUCUCAUGCGCCAGGGAAGUGAUGGGGAGGAGAAGCUGGGCGGCGAGAUGGGCGACGUAAACCCAGAAACGCUUGCCCAGCAGUGCAUCCAGAAGAGUCUUUUGUUGCUGAGCUUUUUGCCGGCGCGGACCAAGAGAGAGGGCCUCGCUUCGGAGAACGGGGAGGACUCCAGGCGAUGCCACAAAGAGAAACGGCAGAGGACGAGCUCUAUAGUAGAAGCAGACUUUCAAGCGUCCGAUUCAACGCCUUCCUUUGGGGCAACCAGCUUUGUUUUUCCGGUGGCCGGUCAAGGCAGAGACGCCGAAUCAAAACAGAAGCAAGCGCCAGAGUCGCCACAGACAGAACUGCAUCCAUCUGCGUCUCAUAGUAAGCCCCUUGACGGUACUCCGCCAGAGCAAGAGGAUGCCUUAUCCCCUCCUUCUACUCCCACCCGCAAGCCUCCCUUCAACCGUGGAAGGCUCCGGCUCCUCUCCUUCCGCUCCAUGGAGGAGUCCAAACCCGCACCCAGCAUUAAGGAGAAAUAUCCCAUCCUCAAACAUGUCCUGGACUUCAUCAAAGACCAGUCUCUCUCUCACGAAAGUGUGCUCAGAGUACUUGCUUUGAGAAAAGCUCAAGCCAAAAACAUCCUGGAAGUCCUGAAGAUGAUCCUCCAGUGCCUAGAGUCCCUUGGCCAACCGCACUGUUUUGUCCCACCCUGCAUCAUUUUCCUGCUGGAGCUUCUAGCUUGCCAGAAAGACUUCACCACCUAUUUUGCACAUCUGGAAGGCUGUGGAGCUGAGCUGCACCGAGAAAUAAGAGAAUCUUACUACCAGCUGCUUCUCUUCUUGGUCAACGCUCUGAAGGGAUUUCACAGCCUUAAUGACAAAUCGUUGCUCCCCGCCUUGUCCUGCGUGCAGACGUCUUUCCUUCACCUCUUGGAUAUGGGUUGGGAGCCAAGUGACCUUUCCUUCUUUGUUGAUAUACAGCUACCGCGUCUCCUUCUUGCCAUGUCGCGAGAGAACAUAAGUACGCACGACAGCGUCGUAUGUCAGCGGAGCGAAGAAGAAGAGACUGCAGACUACAAGCAGAACUCUGAGUGGAUGGACGAGUGUCAAGAAGGCGUCUUUGAAAGCUGGUGCGACAAGAUCAGCCAAGCCGAUGCCGAGAAACAGAGAAAGAUGCACAUGUUCAUUGCUCGCUACUGUGACCUGUUACAUGUAGACAUAUCAUGCGAUGGAUGUGAUGAGAUAGCGCCUUGGCAUCGGUACCGCUGUUUGCAAUGCAAUGACAUGGAUCUUUGUAAAACAUGUUUUUUGGGUGGAGUCAGACCCGAAGGCCAUGAGGCCAACCAUGACAUGGUGAAUAUGGAAUACUCUUGCGAUCACUGCCAGGGCAUUAUCGUCGGCCAGCGUGUGCAUUGCAACGUGUGUGAAGACUUUGAUCUUUGCUUUGGGUGCUACUCUGCAAAGAAGUACUCCGACAGCCACCUGCCCACCCACAGCAUCACCGUGUAUCCAAUGGUGACUGUUAGGAUCAGCGACCGUCACCGACUCAUUCAGCCCUACCUCCACAACUAUUCCUGGCUGCUCUUUUCGGCUCUGGCGCUCUACAGUGGAGACCUGGCGAGUGGUGAACAAACGGACGGGGAAGCCCUCAACCCGCAGGUUGUCACCCAUGCCAGAACCUUGCAGCAAGAAUACAUUCAGCUCAUCAGAGAUUGCCUGAUCAAAGUGCAGCAUGGAAAAGGUUUGAAAAGUCUAGCCCUGCUCUCCAUGUUGCUAGAAGGUGAAUCUUUGUCCGAAAAUGUGACGCCAUCUGUUGAUUAUUCCACAGACAGUACGGCGGAAAGCUUUGCUAAUAAGGAUGCUGCGGAAAACAUUACGACGAAGCCUGCACCUUUCCUCCAUUGCAACGGAAAUGGAGAUGCGAAUGAAAUUCAGGACACGGUAACUAAUGGAGAGUAUAAAAGGAAGGCUGUGAACAAGGCUUCCAAUGGACUUCCACUAAAGAAGGUGGCAGAGUCACAGGAGAAAGAGCCUCUUGCUACUGAUUCUGAUUUGCUUGCAAAAAGUCCCAUGUCUCCAGAUGCUGGAGUCGCAGAUGGUUUGCCUCCAAACCAAGUGGCAGAAAAGGCUGCUCCUACCCAAGAGGAGAUAUUCGCUGAGUGCUCCCAGAAGAGGAUCCUUGGCCUCUUGGCUGCCAUGUUGCCUCGCUUGAAAUCGGGCUUCACAAUGUCUCUGAUCAACCUGGACCAGAUCCUCCCUCUCCUGUUUCAAGUUGUGAUCUCCAACGCCGGCCACUUGAAUGAAACCUACCACUUGACGCUGGGGCUCCUUGGACAGUUGAUCCGGAGGUUGACACCUGCAGAAGUCGAUGCCGCUGUGACAAAGGUCCUCUCGGCGAAGCAUAGCCUUGUGGCUGCGGGAGAUGGCUCCACGGUCCCCGAAGGCUGGAAGACAACGCAUCUCCUCUUUAGCCUGGGAGCUGUCUGUUUGGAUAGCCGCUUGGGCUUGGACUGGGCCUGCACCAUGGCUGACAUCCUUCGAGCCUUGAACGCCUCGCCGCAGUGGCACAGCGUGAUUUCCGCCUUCACAGAGCACUGCGUCAAACAGCUGCCCUUCCAGCUCAAGCACACCAACAUCUUUACUUUGCUGGUUCUGGUCGGCUUUCCAGAGGUUCUGUGCACAGGAACCAGGUCGGUGUAUAUGGAUAACGCAAAUGAGGCCCACAACGUGGUUAUCCUCAAGCACUUCACGGAGAAGAACAGGGCAGUGGUUGUGGAUGUGAAAACUCGGAAGAGGAAAGCAGUGAAGGACCUCCAGCUGGUUCAGCCUUGUGGGCCAGACAACGGCGAAUCUCAGAGCCAAUUGCGCCAGUACCUGCAGCACUUCGUGUUCAUUACUAGCCACCUUCUACAGACCAGCAUGGAUGGCAGCUUUCCAGAGGCGGUGGAGGCAACUUGGGUCUUGUCUCUUGCUCUGAAGGGGCUUUACAAGACACUUAAGACUCAUGCCUUUGAAGAAAUCCGCACAGCCUUUCUCCAGACGGCUUUACUUAAGCUGUUGGUGAAGAAAUGUAGCAAAGGAACUGGCUUCAGUAAGACCUGGCUUCUUCGAGACUUGGAGAUCUUGUCGAUCAUGUUAUACUCCUCGAAAAAGGAGAUGAGUUCCCUGGCUGAGCAUAAGGAUGCCGAGAGGGACCAAGAUGAAGGUAUAGACCAGUCUGCCAUCACUCCCACUGAUGCUGACCAGAACCGUCUCGAUCCGUUGGAAGGCUUGGAUGAAACUACCAAAAUAUGCUUCCUGAUGACACACGAUGCCCUUGAUGCCCCUCUGCAUAUCCUUCGGGCCAUGUAUGAACUGCAGAUGAAAAGGAGAGACUCUUUCUUCUUGGAGGUUCAGAAGAGAUUUGAUGGCGAUGUAGUUACAACGGAUGAGAGGAUUCGGACGUUGGCACAGAAAUGGCAGCCCAGCAAGCGUUUGCGGUCGGAGGAGCAGAGCUCCAAAGCACUGGACACGGAUAUGAUCAUUGUGCCAUGCCUGUCCAAGCCUGCCCCAUGUAGCAAAGCCACGGAAGAAUCCAACCCUGUCACCCAGAAGCUCAUCACCAACACCGAGAGCGAUCUUCAGCUCAGCUAUGCCAAGCAACGCCGCACCAAAAGCUCCGUCCUCCUGCACAAGGAGUUGGAUACGCGGAGCAAGAAAGCUGUACGGGGCUAUCUCUAUCGGAUCAACGAGGCCACCGCUGUCCUCUACGCCCGGCAUGUCCUCGCUUUGCUGCUGGCCGAGUGGCCUGACGACGUGGCGAUCAGCGAGGAGAUGUUGGAGCUUAGCGGCCCAGCACAUAUGACGUACAUCUUGGACAUGCUUUUGCAGCUGGAGGAGAAACAGCUGUGUGAGAAGAUUCUCCUGAAAGUGCUCCGCGGUUGCAACGAAAGCAUGCUGGCCACAAUGGCGCUCACAGCCUGUCAGUUCAUGGAGGAGCCGGGGAUGGCUGUCCAAACACGAGAGUCCAAGCAUCCCUACAACAAUAAUACAAAUUUUGAGGACAAAGUCCACAUCCCUGGUGCCAUCUACCUCUCCGUCAAAUUUGAUCCCCAGUGCAACACGGAGGAGGGCUGUGAUGAGCUGGUCAUUGCCAGCAGCUGCGACUUCAUCCACGAUCGACACACUUUCAGUGGGCCUCCCCACAAAUGGACCGACUUUGAACUUCCAGGCGAUACCCUCUACUACCGCUUCACCAGCGACAUGAGCAACACCGAAUGGGGCUACAAGUUCACAGUGACGGCAGGACACCUGGGGAGGUUUCAGACAGGCUUUGAGAUCCUGAAGCAGAUGCUGCUGGAAGAAAGGGUCAUCCCUCACAUCCCACUGGCCAAAGUCUGGGAGUGGCAGGUGGGUGUUGCCUGCCGACAGACUGGCCACCAGCGGCUGAAGGCCAUCCAUUUGCUCCUCAAGAUAGUACAAUGCUGCAGCGAGAGGGACUGCGACCUCACUUUGCUGAAGCCUCUUUGGCAUCUUUUCAGCUGCAUGGAAAACAACGUGCAUCACGACGUGGCCAAGCCUGGCAUCCUUCUCCCCCUUCACCAGGCCCUUACUGAACUCUUCUUUGUUACUGAGAGCAAAGUUAGCGAACUUGGAUCUCUGCAGGAUUACUUGCUUGCCUUAAAUACAGAAGACCAUCUCCACCGCUGUACAGCACAGGCCCUGAAAAACAUUGCUGCUAUUAGCCUUGCCAUUAACUAUCCCAACAAAUCCACAAGCCCCUGGACUGUUUAAUAAUGGCGGCGACAUAGGAUGGUUUCUUGCCUGAGGAAAUCCUGGCCACGAGCAUCGCUGCUGGGCUGGGGAACCAGAGGAGGAAAAAGAGGCCUCUCCCGCUUCAGCGUACGGCCGACCUGCAGCCGACCGACCGACCGACCGACCGACCUCCCUUCCACCCAAUGUAGAUUCUGUAAAAGCAAACGCACCCCUCCGAGGAAACGGGGGUAAGGGGCACAACACACGCUGGAGCCCCUCUACAUCAUCUAGAGUUAUGUAUGCACUUCUAUCGUCGCAUGCCUGUGGAACAGUAUUUUACUUUCUCUCCGUUCUGGAAGAGGGGGAACAAAGGUGGAUGAAGCUCGCACCGUCCCCGAAAGGGGGAAGAACACAGGCUCUCCUCUGGUUGUUAUCAUCCUACAUUUCAUCAUCCACACAGUGACGCACCUCCCAGAAAAACCAAAUAUAUCCAACGGACACUUAAGUGGCUUGGAGAAGCCUUUUGACUUGGAGUGGGUCUCUCUCGCCGCCAUGUCUGCGAAGCUGGAGGACGACGCAAGAAGCGACGCAAGACCAAAAACUGCUUAGUGCUGCCACCUAGCAUCUUUUCUUUCUUCCCCCCCUCCUCUUGUCUCCAUUCAGGGGGCAAACUUGCAGCACCCAGCUUUACGUACUGGAAAGAAGCCGGAGAAGUGGGACAAAAGUGGAGUGCGGGAAACUUUGUUCCAUGCUUGUAUGGAUUGAAAAUGUUUGGCGCCGGGGGAAGCCAGGUCUGUGUCAUUUCUGCUAGUUAACAAUCCUCCUCCAGUGGCCCAGAUUCCUUGUUGCAUGCCUUAGGAUUUGUGGUUCAGAAGGUUUGCACACAGAGGCCAGAAAAGGGAACGGUUCUGCCCUCCCAAAAUAGUUCACCUGGACAGUCUUGACUGUCCUCUAUCUCGAUCUCUCUUGAGACAAAGCCGGUGUAAAUGCAGGCCCUCCAGUGUCUGUCCAUUCACCCGCCUUGCUGUCUCAGAGCAAUAAUCACACUUAAGGCAGGAAGACCUCUAAGGUUGAAAUAGAUUGGCUUUAAAUUCUUGUCUCUGGUUGGAGACACCAUGUGUCCCAUCCCAUGAAGGACAAGGUGCUUCUGUGUGGAAGCUGGUAGUAGAUGUUGCGUGGUUUUGCCCCUCAAGUUGCCCUUUAUUUUAAUUUUAGGAGGAUGCAUAAGCAUCCCUGGAAGACAUCCCCUGCGCUUCAGUAUCUCUUUUAGACCAUUCAGACUUCCAAAGGGAAGAUGAACCUGGUUGAAUUGAGUGGGAAGUCCCAAACAGUAUAUAGGAAGGCAUUGCAUUUUGGACACGGUGUCCAGAAGUAUUGCCUCUCCCAGCAUGCAGAGGGUACCAGCAAGGUUGGCUUUCUGAGACAUUCUGGUUUUGUUGGUGGGGAGGGCACACUGGGUGCCCUCUGCAAGGGCCGGUUUUCUUCUAGCCUUUGCCAUGUGUAAGAUUUAUAGCAGGCCAAAGACAUGGUAUGUCCAAAGUAGUAAAAGUCGGAGGGAAGACAGGGAGAGGAAUGUCAACCCUGAGCAGCUGGGAGAAACCGGACUGGCUUCAGUAGUGCCCAGUACUAUGCCAGGUGGAAAAUCGGAGCAGGAAAGUCUCUGGUGAUACACCUAGCUUUGCCCUCCAAAUGUGGGGCAGUAGCCAUCUUUGGAUCACAGUGCAUGGACCACACUAGAUAUUCUUUAAAUGCUCCCUGUUGCAAAACAGAGCUGCCUGUUGUCUUCCUAGUGUACUAGAAAAGAGCAAGCAGGCUCAUUGGCGGCAAACUAAGAUAGGGAUUGUUUUUCCCACCUUAAUGUCUGUGCCCAAAGGUCCCUUUUUGGAUGACAAGAGUUCUGGGGAAAGGCAGUCCAAUGGUGAGGAGUAAAGGAAGCCUCUUGGUUACCCAGUUUGCCAAAGGGACUCUUUGGAGAUGCAGGUGCAGUUGCCACCCUUCCUUUCUCCAGCCACAUUUAGAUGGACGCCUCUGAAUCUUCAGGGAUGUAUACCGAGGCCCUGAAUCUCACAGUGCUGUGGCUUCCCCCGUCAUCGUUUUGGCUUACAGGUUUGCUUUACAUAACCAGGUGCAUAUGUAAACAAAGGUGCACUGUGUGACAUUUGUCCCUGUUCAGAACAUUUUUCCUCCAGGCGUUUCGAAGCCAGUAACCUCCCUUCUUCCAGCCCCGGUUGCAAGGGGUUCCUUAGGCAGCUGAGGACCGUUGUUCCUGCCUUAAUGGUGAAUUGCUCUUCGCAUUUCUUCUGCACGCUACCUUUAAAUGGUCUUUCGGUUGGAAGAGCCGUGCAAAGAGAGGCAGCGGACAUGCUCAGAGUGCUUGCCAUGCUUAGGAGUUUCGAGUUGGAUGCAAAAAUGCUCAAUUCGGAUUGUACAAAGGGGACGGGGAAGGGAGGAGUAUGCAAUGUGCCUCUAACGGAUGAUGAUGAUGAUGGUUGUGCGUGUGUGUUGAACUGUAUCUGACAUAUGAAGAGACCACCAUCAUCCACCAUUCUAACCCAGCAUUUUAAAAAAUGGGUGGUCGUUGAUUAUUAUUUUUUUCUUCCCCUUUACGGGUUUAUUUUUUCUUCAACUUCAUGACAUUUAAUCGUUUUUUUCGAGAGGGCGGGGGCCCAGGUCUCGUUGGGUUUGACCUCGUCGCAAAAACCGACCCCUUAGAUUUAUUCCCUGUUUUGGUUUCAUGUGUAUUUAAAUAAUAAAAAGAAGAAGAAGUUAUAGAUGCAGUGGAUAUAUGCAAAUGAAGAGAUAUAUUGUAAAAAAAAUCUAUUAAAAAUGGAAGUACAAAGAUA